CUCACACACACACAUGUGCACGGGCAAGCUAGCAAACACACACACACACACACUCUCUCUCUCUCUCUCUCUCACUCUUGCUCCGCAACACCUGUGCCGGUCUGACCUGCAGACUUUGUCCUCAUCUACUACAAGGAGCUACGGAGAAAACACACACACACCUAGACAUGGACAGCCGCGGGGUGCUGAGGAGUGUGUGUGUGCUGCUGGGGUUGGUGUGUGUGGCGCGUGGCCUGGACAAGCUCAACAUGUGCAUGGACGCCAAACACCACAAGACAGAACCUGGACCAGAGGGGGCGCUAUAUAAGCAGUGCUCUCCGUGGAAGUCUAAUGCGUGUUGCCGGGCCAACACCACAGAGCAGGGCCACGAGGACAACUCUUACCUGUACAACUUCAACUGGGGUCACUGUGGCGCACUCAGCGAAGCCUGCAAGAAACACUUCAUACAGGACACCUGCCUCUACGAGUGCUCACCACACCUGGGACCCUGGAUACAAGCGGUAGACCAGUCGUGGCGUAAGGAGCGCAUCCUGAAUGUGCCACUGUGCCAGGAGGAUUGUGACAGCUGGUACCAGGACUGCAAACACGACUUCACCUGCAAACAGGACUGGCACACCGGCUGGGACUGGAGCUCAGGUAAAAAUGAGUGUCCAUCAGGCAAUAAGUGUCGCACAUUUGCGGAGGUGUUUGGCUCUGCUAAGACCAUGUGUGAGGUCAUCUGGUCCCACUCCUACAGGUACACUGACCUGAAGAAGGACAGUGGGCGCUGUAUGCAGCUGUGGUUCACAGGUCCAGUGAACCCCAAUAAGGAAGUGGCUCGAUACUACCUUAACCACGCCCACCAGCACACCAUCACCCUGGCAACCAGCAUGCUCCUCCCACUGCUCCUCAGCCUGGUGCAUUCUGGGAUUGCACUCUGGUAGAGGAGAGAGGGAGAAAUAGAGAGGAGAGAGAGAGAGAGAGAGAGAGAGAGAGAGAGAGAGAGAGAGAGAGAGAGAGAGAGAGAGAGAGAGAGAGAGAGAGAGAGAGAGAGAGAGAGAGAGAGAGAGAGAUAAGACCGGCAGCAGAUGCUUUCAGAGCUAGCGCUCUGAUAGAGGAGUUAGCGCAUGAAAAGAGAAUGAAUUAGGAAGAAUAAAG